GUCCAUUGCAACAUCGGGCCAGACCACUCCUCUCUGCCUUGACCCUCCCCAUUUCUGUCUCGUUUUCUCCUCCACCUUCACCGCUCGCGUAGAUCCGGCAACCUGGGAUGCGACGGUCAGCCCGGCAGCGAGGCAAAGGAACGGCGGCGCCGGCGGGUAGGGAGGGAGCGAGGACGCGCGCAUCAUCGUUGCUCUCCAUGGCCGACGGCGACCCCGAGGCUAGCAUGGAGGAUGAUGAAUAUACGGCUGAUGGGUCAUUCUCAACCCGUUUCUCACCCACUCGGUUACGGCAGGUUGCAGAUAGUCAGUCCCAGAAGAAGAAGGAAGUUAUGAGCAAAGGCAGCUUUGGUUCCCUCUUGAAUAUCAGCUCUUUCUCUGUGCCGGCUGAUCUGCUCGAUUGGGUAGUCAUGAAAAUUGACCCAGAAAUGGCGUUGUUUAGUCACAAAAAGAAGUCUAUAUUCUUUACAAAAGACAUGGUGCGGAAUUUUUUUAAUGUCCCUUCUGGGGCAAGGCCAGUGGAGCUGUUGAGGAGGAAUGAGCCACAUGUGCUCCGUGAACCUUACCGAGUAGGGUCAAGGGCUCUAAUGAAGCAUUGUAUUCAAGUGCUCAAGGAUGUAGGGGAGGAUGAUGUUGUUAGUAUAAAUAGGACAUGGCUGCUAUUAUGUAUCGCUGUUGUGCUAUCUCCUGGGACUAGCAACAUGGUACCCCUAUAGUAUCUUGCGAGUUUGGUGGACAUGCACAAGAUUGAUGAGUUUGCAUGGGAUGAUCACUUCUUGGCUGCUACGUUAAAGGAGGUGAAGAAGUACCAACGGAAGAGGGAGGCAGGGAAAAGUGGCUUUUGGAUCGGCGGUUGUCUGCCAAUGUUUGCAAUAAUUUUUAUAGACUUUGUCGAUGUGCCUCGGGUGUUGGUUUCGGAGCAUAGAAUUGACUAGUCUCUCCCAAGGGCAUGUUUUGUACGCAACAAAGACUUCGAUUUGGUAGAAGAAAUUGAUAAGAACAAGCUCAGACUUGAUAAGAUUGAAUUUGGAAAACGGAAUCUUCGCCGUUUGCCAGAGACGCCAUAUGUAUCUCUUGAGGGCUGCAAUGAAGCUGAUCGCGAGAACAACACUGCGGAGGGAGCUAGUGGAGAUGCAAACAUUCCCGAGAUACCACCAAGCAAACCAGUCAUGGAUGGGAGUGAGAUUGGUGGCAAUGUGUGUGGGUCUCUAGAUGAGUGGCUGCACCCGCUGCCUUCAAGUCAAGAAUUGGAAAAUCCAGAGCACAUGAUACCAAUAUAUGAGAAGCACAAGCAGUUGUAUGCAGCACAAGUGAAGAAUGUUCUGACAUCAUUUGGUCAACUUAUGCAGUCAAAGUUCUGUAAGCGCGUAGCAUCUAUCUUGGUCGAAGCAAACUCCACCGCAGCAAGUACCAAGGAGCAGAUCUUCGAAAAUGUUACUUUUCAUGCUCCAGCAGGCAAUGCAGGCAGUGCAGCCAACGCAACAGGUGUAGAUCAAACCAGGGCUCCCACCCACACUAGCCCUGCACCCCACAUGAGUCCUGCAGCACAAGAAUGUGAGGUUGAAAAGGAAGUUGCAGGUUGUUCUGAGACCAACCAGAAUGGAGAUCAUCAAGACAUUGGUUUGGAUGGAAGUGAGAGUUGCGAUAAACUUGGGAAGGAAGAUGUGCAUCUGGGACACGAUAAGGGGGAACGGGAGGAGAUGGUAGUUCCUGAAGUUAUUGAGGGAGAUUCGAAAGUGUCAGGUGUUGGUGGCGAGGGUGAGAGGGUGAUUUUAUCACAGGGUACAAUUGCUGCGUUGGAAGGGCUUGCAUUGGAAUUUGAUGAUGGUCCUUCUUGUAGUCUGUUCAAAGAGGGAACUGAAGACUACGAAUGGUUCAACAUGGAUGCUGAGACCGCAAGGAAAUUUGUGAAAACUCGAAAUCGCCUUGGGCCCCCCUGAUUUGCAACAACCGGUUUCUGGAGGGCCUACCUUCGACAGCACCCCCCAGCCUGCAAGGCAGAGCAACAGCACAAAGUUUCCUGUGCAACACGAAGCAUCGGUUCCUUGUUUUAACACUGAUUCAAAGCUUCCCAAGUCAGCUGACAUCCGGGAACCCAUAUACGAUGCUUCUCCAAUCACAAUCCCAGUUCCACUUGUAUCUUCAGUGCAACAAGACCGAUCAGAAGCAUAGUUGCAUGAGCCAGUGGAGAAGAAUGUCGAGGCCAGCAGCGUGCACAUUGGUCCUGUGAAGAAGGUAGUUAAGAAAAGAACAGCCCAGCCUCCGGACAACAUUCCAAAGAUGAAGAAGAUUAAGAUCGACCGGAACGAUGAUGCAUUGUACCAGCAGUAUGUGUUGAGUAGGUACAAGAUAACAAGAGCAAAGAAAGACCAACCAAUUCCUGAUUUCAUUGAAAUAGAGGGGUUUCACACAUCCCUCCAGAACUUCCAUGUCUCCUUAAAGCCACGAGCUGAGAUUGACUGCGAUGUAAUGACACUCUAUCUAAAAACCUUCAACUUGGAGCAGAUCUACAACAAGAAAAAGCCAAAGAAGUUUGCAUUCUCAGUGUUUAUGGGGACUCAAUUAGUGAUGGAUCCUGAUCUGUUUGAUCCCAAGAAGUGUGAAAGAGAGUUCAGAAGGGCUUGUGAAAAUAACCAGAUUUCAAAAAGCGAUCUAAAUAAGCAUUGGGCUGUAGUUGUUGUCAACUUGUUGCAUAAGCAAUUCAAUGUUUUUGACUCUAUCACGAACCAGAUGGAUAUUACAUUGCUGCAUAAGGCAACCAACAAUGUGAUCACAAACAUAAAGAAAGUUGCAAGCAGUGAAUAUUCAUUCAAAUUUGAUCUUAGUUGCUUCGAGAAGAUCACCCCAGUUUACCCAAAGCAAUCAACAAAUUAUAAUUGUGGCUUCUAUGCAAUUCUAUUCUUGGAAAACUUCGAUGGUAUUGUCAGAAGCAUUUUGAUGAGAGUUGUAUCCCCAAUCUCCGGAAACGUAUCGGAGCAGAUCUGUUGAAGCAUCCCAGCAAUACUUUGUAUCCUGCAGAGCAGUUGAAGAAGUUGCUUGAACUUUGAUUGAAGAUCACUUCUCGUCGUCAACAUCAAGGGGGGUACUGGUUGCUGAAGCAAGAUGCUCUUAUCUGGUGACUGUAGUUUGUAAACAAGAUGCCAUUUUUCUUCAUAACGAUGUAAUCUCCAUGCUGCGAUUGUACUUUUGUGUUAGACAUGCCACCCGCAUGCGCUUCGACAUGUUUCUAUGUCGCUUCUAUGCUUGAAUGGGUAUUCCGAUAUUGAUACACCGCCUUUAAUGAAAUAUGUUUCGCUCUCCUCACAUGUA